CGAGGCCAGGGCGAUAGCGCCCAUACAAGGUGUUCACGGCUCGUGUGGUGCGGGACUAGGGGCAAGAGCCAGCCUGACAGGUUCUUCGGAGCUCGGGGCCACGAGGGGGCGACUUGGGGGAGCUGAGCGCUGUCCUCGGCGUCCUUGGACUCCCGAAACGGAAUCGGUUCGGUUCCGAGCCUGGAUCCCUCAGUGGGGCUGGGUAGGAUCACAGUGGUAGGGAGCCCCCAGACAGGGACAAGUUCCACCUCUCGUCUGAAGGCUCAACACCUGACACCUGGAGUGCACGUGUGGAAGGUUUGCUUCCAGAAGGUUUGAAUGACCGCGCCGAUCAAUCCUGAAACUGCGCUGGUGUGAGGGGCACCGAACACGAACACCCACUGAAGCCCUGUGAUAGGUGGCAGGGCAGGGUUUGUGGCGGGAGCAAAGGGCCUGUUUGGGCUGAGAUAAGAGCAAGGAAGACGAUGCUAGCUAAGGCAGUGCUGGGGUCUGCGCUCUGGACAGUCACUCACAGAAUUUUCUGUAAUGGUAGAAUGAGUCCAGUCUAGGCCAGGCACAUGUGGCUAUGGAACUCUUGAAACGUGGCUAAUGUAAUUGAGAAAUUGAGUUUUUUAUUUUUUAAACUUUAAUUCCAAUUUUAAUAUGCACAUGUGGCUGCUAGUUACAGUGUUGAUGGUACAGCUCCAGAUCUAUGAGGCCAGCACCAGGAACUUGUGUGUAGAGUCUGGAGCAGCUGUAGCAACAUGUUAUUCAGGGAACAGACAGUAGUGGGAACAUAAAUGGAGUCUGCUGUGAGAGAUGAGCAAGGGCGGUACCUGCAUGAGGUGGGAAGCCGUGUGUGACUUAGAACAAGAAAAACAGCAGGACUGUGAACAAGAAGGGAGGAACCUGGAGCUGAGGGACAAAGUCUCACCGUUGGGGAAAUAAGUGGAACUUGUGGCUGGUGAUGGCCUCAUUAGUGGUGUUUCAUGCUUGAUGGAAUUCACUGUAGUGUUCUCUCUUCUGGACAUGAACUGGGCCUAGAGUGGCUUACAACAGAGGGACAGAGGGACUUGGAUCUAAGCCACCUCACUUUGGACCUUUUAAUCUGGUUUUCCAAGGGCAGAGACAGUUAUGGCUCAGCAAACAUAUACCGCUCUCUCUGCGCCCUGGGCUGGGAACUGAAAUGCAGUGUGGAACAAGUUGUGGUCCCUGCCACAUGGCCUCAGGCCCCAGCAGUCCUCCCUGUGUAGGAAGCUGGGAGCUCCUGUUUCCCCUGCUGUGUGUGUGAGUGUGCAUGCUUUUGGCCUCACUUGUCCCCAGCCUUCCUGUCGAUGAAGGACUGUGGUCAAGUGCAAGGGCCCUUGGCUGGCUGUGAGUAGAUAGGCUUUGCAUCUGGCUCAGCCUCCAGGACCAUUGGCUGCCCAUGAGAAAUGAAGAAUGGCGUCUAAAGGGGCUGGCAUGUCUUUCUCCCGAAAGAGCUAUAAGCUGACCUCAGAUGCUGAGAAAUCCAGGGUCACAGGCAUUGUGCAUGAGAAGCUGCUGAAUGACUACUUGCACUGCAUCUUUUCCUCUACUGACCAUGUGCCCCCUGCAGCCACCAGCAGGAAAUUCCUGAACUUCCAGAACCUGCCAGAGCGUCUGGACCAGCUGCUACAGGUGGACAGUGAAGAUGAGGAAAGCCAGGGACAGGUUGAAGGGCGGCUUGGCCCAUCCACAGUGGUACUAGACCACACAGGAGGCUUUGAGGGGCUUCUCCUGGUGGAUGAUGACCUCCUGGAGGUGAUUGGACACAGCAACUUUGGGACUAUCCGCUCUACCACAUGUGUAUACAAAGGGAAGUGGCUCUACGAGGUGCUCAUCUCCUCCCAGGGGCUCAUGCAGAUUGGUUGGUGCACCAUCAGCUGCCGCUUCAAUCAUGAGGAAGGGGUUGGAGACACACCCAACUCCUAUGCCUAUGACGGAAACCGGGUGCGCAAGUGGAAUGUGACCACAACAAAUUAUGGCAAGGCCUGGGCAGCGGGGGACAUUGUGAGCUGUCUGAUUGACCUGGACGCUGGUACUCUCUCCUUUUGCCUGAAUGGUGUGUCACUGGGCACUGCCUUUGAGAACCUGUCCAAGGGCCAGGGCAUGGCCUACUUCCCAGCCAUCAGCCUGUCUUUUAAGGAGUCCGUGGCCUUCAACUUUGGCAGCCGUCCUCUGCGCUACCCAAUGGCAGGCUUCCGGCCUCUGCAGGACCCACCUGGUGCUGACCUGGUGCGGGCACAGAGGUUGCUGGGCUGUUUCCGGGCAGUGCUCAGUGUGGAGCUGGACCCUGUGGAAGGGCGGCUGGUGGAGAAGGAGAGCUCUGAGUGGCAGUUGCAAGGGCAGCCCACUGUCCUCCUCACUCUGGCCCACAUCUUCCAUCGUUUUGCACCACUGCUGCACAAGGUAUACCUGGUAGAGGCUGUGCUCAUAAACUUCCUGCUGGGCAUUGUGGAGAAGGACACACCUGCACAGGCACAGUCCGUGGUGCACCAGGUCUUGGACCUCUUUUGGCUCUUCAUGGAGGACUAUGAGGUACAGGAUUGCCUCAAGCAGUUGAUGAUGUCUCUGCUGCGCUUAUACCGGUUUUCGCCAAUCGUUCCAGACCUGAGCCUGCAGAUCCACUAUCUGAGACUCACUAUCUCCAUCCUGAGGCAUGAGAAGUCCCGCAAAUUUCUGCUUAGCAAUGUCCUCUUCGACAUGCUGCGGUCUGUCAUCUUCUUCUACAUCAAGAGCCCCCUGCGUGUGGAGGAGGCCGGGCUGCAGGAGCUCAUUCCCACCACCUGGUGGCCCUGCUGCUCCAGCAGGGAGGCCAGAGAGAAUAAGGAGGUGAAGGAGGAGACGUCAGAGGAGAGGCUCCGGCGUCGAGCCUAUGAGCGGGGCUGCCAGAGGCUCAAGAAGCGCAUUGAAGUGGUAGAAGAACUUCAGGUCCAAAUCCUGAAGCUGCUGUUGGACAAUAAAGAUGACAGUGGGGGUGAAGCUUCUAGGUAUAUCUUCCUGUCCAAGUUCCGGAAGUUUCUGCAAGAGAAUGCCAGUGGCCGGGGGAAUAUGCCCAUGCUCUGCCCCCCUGAGUACAUGGUCUGCUUUUUGCACCGGCUCAUCUCUGCCCUGCGCUACUAUUGGGAUGAGUACAAGGCUUCCAACCCCCGUGCCUGCUUCAGUGAGGAGGCUUACAUCCCACCCCAGGUCUUCUAUAAUGGCAAAGUGGACUACUUCGACCUUCAGCGCCUUGGGGGGCUCCUCUCACACCUUCGGAAGACCCUCAGAGAUGACCUUGCUGCCAAAGCUAACAUUGUGAUUGACCCACUGGAGCUGCAGGCAGCCACGAUGGAUGACCUGGAUGAGGAUGAGGAGCCAGCCCCGUCUGCAGCCCAGCGCCCCAUGCAAGCCCUGGCCAUGGGAGGGGCACUGCCCCUGCCCCGGCCAGGCUGGCUUAGUUCACCAACUCUGGGCCGAGCCAACCGCUUCCUCAGCACAGCAGCUGUGAGCCUCAUGACCCCACGGCGGCCUCUGAGCACCUCGGAGAAAGUGAAGGUCCGAACACUGAGCGUGGAACAAAGGACUCGUGAGGAUAUUGAGGGCAGCCAUUGGAACGAGGGCCUGCUGCUGGGGCGGCCUCCUGAGGAACCCGAGCAGCCUGUCACCGAGAACUCCCUGCUGGAAGUCCUAGAUGGGGCCAUCAUGAUGUAUAACCUCAGCGUCCACCAGCAGCUGGGCAAGAUGGUGGGUGUGUCCGACGAUGUCAACGAGUAUGCGAUGGCUCUGAGGGACACAGAAGACAAGAUCCGCAGGUGUCCCAAGCGGAGGAAGGAUAUCCUCACAGAAUUGACCAAGAGCCAGAAAGUUUUCUCGGAAAAGCUGGAUCACCUGAGCCGUCGUCUUGCCUGGGUCCACGCCACUGUCUACUCCCAGGAGAAGAUGCUGGACAUCUACUGGCUGCUGCGCAUCUGCCUGCGGACCAUCGAGCAUGGGGACCGUACCGGCUCCCUCUUCGCCUUCAUGCCUGAGUUCUACCUGAAUGUUGCCAUCAACAGCUACAGUGCUCUCAAGAAUUAUUUUGGCCCUGUGCACAGCAUGGAGGAGCUCCCAGGCUACGAGGAGACCCUGACCCGCCUGGCUGCCAUCCUUGCCAAACACUUUGCCGACACACGCAUUGUAGGCACUGACAUUCGAGACUCACUCAUGCAGGCCCUGGCUAGCUACGUGUGUUACCCACACUCCCUACGGGCUGUGGAGCGGAUCCCCAAGGAGCAGCGUGUUGCCAUGGUGAGGAAUCUCCUGGCGCCCUAUGAGCAGCGGCCCUGGGCCCAGACCAACUGGAUCCUAGUGCGGCUCUGGAGGGGCUGUGGGUUUGGAUACCGCUACACACGGCUGCCACAUCUGCUGAAAACCAAACCUGAUGAUGCCAAUUUGCCCAGCCUCCAGAAGCCUUGUCCCUCCACCCUGCUGCAGCAGCACAUGGCAGACCUGCUGCGGCAGGGUCCUGAUGUGGCACCUAGCUUCCUCAACAGUGUCCUGAAUCAGCUCAACUGGGCCUUCUCUGAGUUCAUCGGCAUGAUCCAGGAGAUUCAGCAGGCUGCUGAGCGCCUGGAGCGAAACUUUGUAGAUAGCAGGCAGCUCAAGGUGUGUGCCACCUGCUUUGACCUGUCAGUCAGCCUGCUGCGUGUCCUGGAAAUGACCAUCACGCUGGUGCCUGAGAUAUUCCUCGACUGGGCCUGGCCUACCUCUGAGAUGCUGCUGCGGCGUCUCGCACAGCUGCUGAACCAGGUGCUGAACCGGGUGACAGCUGAAAGGAACCUGUUUGACCGUGUGGUUACCCUGCGGCUGCCUGGUCUGGAGAGCGUGGACCACUACCCCAUCCUGGUGGCAGUAACGGGCAUCCUGGUACGGCUCCUGGUGCAUGGUCCAGCCUCAGAGACAGAGAGAGCCACGUCAGUGCUCCUGGCUGAUCCCUGCUUCCAGCUUAGAUCCAUAUGCUAUCUCCUGGGGCAGCCAGAGCCUCCAGCACCUGGUACUGCCCUGCCUGCCCCAGACCGGAAGCGCUUCUCUCUGCAGAGCUACACAGAUUAUAUCAAUGCUGAGGAGCUGGCCCAAGUGGAGCGGAUGCUGGCUCAUCUGACCUCUGCAUCUGCUCAGGCAGCAGCUGCAUCCCUGCCCACCAGCGAGGAGGACCUCUGCCCAAUCUGCUACGCCCACCCCAUCUCUGCUGUGUUCCAGCCCUGUGGUCACAAAUCUUGCAAAGCCUGCAUCAACCAGCACCUGAUGAACAACAAGGAUUGCUUCUUCUGCAAAGCCACCGUUGUGUCUGUAGAGGACUGGGACAAGGUAGCAAAUACAGGCACCACCUCCUCGGCUCCCUAGGGCUACCUAACCCAUGGGCUGAUCUUAGAACCUCCACCCUUGAAUCCAGACCCAGGCCGAGCCCUAUUUAUGAGCGCCCUCUGCCCUGUCCCCCAUUGCCACCCCCCCCCCACCAUGUCCAAUCUCCUCCUCGCCUGCCUGUAGCCUUGUUGCUGGGAGCCCAGCCAUGAUCCUAAUUAUGCCUGUGCUUGACUUUCAGUCAGGGCCAUAGUGAGCAUUAAAUUAUUAUUGCAUACAA